AUUUAAUCCUUUAUUCGUCCAAUCGAGAUUUCUAAAUAUCAUUUCCAGGACAGCCGAGAAUACUUUUGGUGAUAUAAACAGUAAUGACAAGUAAAGUUUUAAAGGGUCUAUGUAAAUGUGCUGAAAUGAUUUAUUUGUAACCUAUACAAUAACACCCAAUAUGCACGAUAAACAAUAUAAAAAAAAAAACAAGAAUAAAAGCACAGGUAAAAAAAGGCACAGCAUAAAACAUAUGGCGUAUCUAGCGUUAUUUAUUAAUAUGGGUGACUGACACAUUUUUCCUUAAAUAAAUGAUGUACAUCAAAACAAGUUGCGAUGAAUGCUAACAAAGCCGAUUUGCAAAAAAUGAGCAGUGCGCUAUGACAUAUAUGUAUGCAGGGCAUCGGCAGCCUGUUCAGCGCGCUGAAAGUGGUGCGGCUGCUGCGGCUGGGCCGCGUGGUGCGCAAGCUGGACCGCUACCUGGAGUAUGGCGCCGCCAUGCUUAUCCUGCUGCUGUGCUUCUACAUGCUGGUGGCGCACUGGCUUGCGUGCGUGUGGUACAGCAUCGGCCGUUCGGACGCCGACUCAGGGCUGCAGUACUCGUGGCUGUGGAAGCUGGCCAACGUGACGCAGAGCCCCUACUCGUAUGUGUGGUCUAACGAGUCGGACGGGCCCGAACUGGUGAACGGGCCCUCGCGCAAGACCAUGUACGUUACCGCGCUCUACUUCACCAUGACGUGCAUGACCUCCGUGGGCUUCGGCAACGUCGCCGCCGAGACCGAUAACGAGAAGAUCUUCACCAUCUGCAUGAUGAUCGUGGCAGCCCUGCUGUACGCGACAAUAUUCGGACACGUGACGACCAUCAUCCAGCAGAUGACUUCGGCGACGGCCAAGUACCACGACAUGCUCAACAACGUGCGCGAGUUCAUGAAGCUGCACGAGGUUCCCAAAGCGCUGAGUGAGCGCGUCAUGGACUACGUCGUCUCCACAUGGGCCAUGACCAAGGGCCUCGACACGGACAAGGUGCUGAACUACUGCCCCAAAGAUAUGAAGGCAGACAUCUGCGUGCACCUGAACCGCAAGGUGUUCAACGAGCACCCCGCGUUCCGGCUGGCGUCGGACGGCUGCUUGCGCGCGCUGGCCAUGCACUUCCACAUGUCGCACUCGGCGCCCGGCGACCUGCUGUACCACACCGGCGAGUCCAUCGACUCGCUCUGCUUCAUCGUCACUGGCAGCCUCGAGGUCAUCCAGGACGAUGAGGUGGUCGCCAUACUUGGCAAGGGCGACGUGUUCGGCGACUCGUUCUGGAAGGACAGCGCGGUGGGGCAGUCGGCCGCCAACGUGCGCGCGCUCACGUACUGCGACCUGCACACCAUCAAGCGCGACCGCCUGCUCGAGGUGCUCGACUUCUACCAGGCCUUCGCCAACAGCUUCGCGCGCAACCUCACUCUCACCUAUAACCUGCGCCAUCGACUCAUUUUCCGAAAGGUGGCAGACGUGCGUCGAGAGCGAGAACUGAUGGAACGACGGAAACGCGAGCCGCAGCUCGAACAGGCGCAGGAUCACCUCGUGCGCAAAAUAUUUUCUCGCUUCCGGCGAGAGCGCAGCGUGGCCGCCGCGCCCGCCCCCGCGCCCGCGCGCGCCGCCCCGCUCGCGCCCGCCGCCGGCUCGUCGGACGCCGAGCGCGGUGCCGGCGCGGCGGCGGCGGGGGAGGGCUCGUCGGACGCCGAGCGCGGCGCCGGCGCGGCGGCGGCGGGGGAGGGCGCGGCGGGGGUGGCGGGGGCGCCGGGCGCAGCGGGCGCGGAGACGGCGAGCGCGGGGGUGCCUCGGGGCGCGGCGGCCCGCGGCAAGUGGGGCCGGCUGCUGGCGGGCGGCUCGCUGGACGCGGGCGAGGCGCCGCGCGCCGCCUUCAGCCGCUCACUGAGCGCGCGGGACCGCAGCGCGCCGCUCGACGCCGCCGCCAGCGCCGCCAGCGUCGCCUCGGCCGCCACGCCCACCACCGCCGUGUCCACGCUAGCACCUACGCUCACACUGAAAAGUUAA